GAGGAGGACGCCGGCCUCGCUCCCCGGCGGGCCGUGCCCGGGCCGGGGGACCGCCGCCUCCCAGCGCGCGUGGGGCCGGCAUGGAGCUCUUCCAAGCCAAGGACCACUACAUCCUGCAGCAGGGCGAGCGCGCGCUCUGGUGCAGCCGGCGCGACGGCGGCCUGCAGCUCCGACCCGCCACUGAUCUACUUCUUGCCUGGAACCCCAUUUGUUUGGGAUUGGUAGAAGGAGUUAUUGGGAAAAUUCAACUUCAUUCAGAUCUUCCAUGGUGGCUUAUUUUAAUUCGGCAGAAAGCGUUGGUGGGCAAACUCCCAGGAGACCAUGAGGUCUGUAAAGUUACCAAAAUUGCUGUAUUGUCACUUUCUGAAAUGGAACCUCAGGAGCUGGAGCUGGAGCUCUGUAAGAAGCAUCAUUUUGGAAUUAACAAGCCAGAGAAGAUUAUACCAUCUCCUGAUGACUCCAAGUUUCUACUGAAGACAUUUACAAAUAUCAAAUCCAACGUGUCUGCUCCCAACAAAAAGAAAGUUAAAGAAAGCAAAGAAAAGGAGAAGUUGGAGAGGCGAUUACUUGAGGAAUUGCUGAAGAUGUUCAUGGACUCAGAGUCCUUCUAUUACAGCUUGACCUAUGACCUGACCAACUCAGUGCAGAGGCAGGUCGCUGGGGAGAGGGCUGGCCGCCCCCUCUGGCAGAAGGCUGAUGACCGAUUUUUCUGGAAUAAGUACAUGAUCCAAGAUCUGACUGAGAUUGGUACCCCGGAGGUGGACUUCUGGAUCGUCCCCAUCAUCCAGGGCUUUGUGCAGAUCGAGGAACUCGUGGUGAAUUACGAGUCCUCUGAUGAUGAGAAGAGCAGCCCAGAGACCCCUGCUCAGGAGUCCAGCUGUGUCGAUGACAUUCACCCACGGUUUCUAGUGGCUCUCAUAUCGCGCAGGAGUAGGCACAGAGCAGGAAUGCGCUAUAAACGAAGAGGAGUGGAUAAAAAUGGAAAUGUUGCAAAUUAUGUGGAGACUGAGCAGUUAAUUCAUGUUCAUAAUCACACCCUGUCAUUUAUUCAAACUCGAGGCUCUGUGCCCGUCUUUUGGAGCCAGGUUGGGUAUCGCUAUAAUCCAAGACCUCGGCUAGACAAAAGUGAGAAGGAAACGGUGGACUGUUUCUGCGCCCAUUUCGAAGAACAACUGAAAAUUUACAAAAAACAGGUUAUUAUUAACCUGGUAGACCAGGCUGGGAGGGAGAAGAUUAUUGGCGAUGCUUACCUGAAGCAGGUGCUGCUCUUCAACAACUCAAAGCUCACCUACGUCUCCUUCGAUUUCCACGAACACUGCCGAGGAAUGAAGUUUGAGAAUGUUCAAAUCCUAACGGAUGCCAUUCACGACAUUAUUCUUGACAUGAAGUGGUGCUGGGUUGAUCAGGCUGGGGUCAUAUGUAAGCAAGAAGGGAUUUUUCGAGUUAAUUGCAUGGACUGCCUGGAUCGCACCAAUGUGGUUCAAGCUGCCAUUGCGAGAGUGGUCAUGGAACAGCAGCUGAAAAAACUAGGUGUGAUGCCCCCGGAGCAGCCACUACCUGCGAAAUGUAAUCGGAUCUACCAGAUAAUGUGGGCAAACAAUGGCGACUCCAUCAGUAAACAGUAUGCUGGGACAGCUGCUCUGAAGGGUGACUUUACCAGAACAGGAGAAAGGAAGCUGGCAGGAGUUAUGAAAGAUGGAGUCAACUCGGCAAAUAGGUACUACCUCAGUCGGUUCAAGGAUGCAUAUAGGCAAGCUGUCAUAGAUUUGAUGCAAGGCAUUCCAGUGACAGAAGAUCUUUAUUCCAUCUUUACCAAGGAGAAAGAGCAUGAAGCCCUGCAUAAGGGCACCCAGAGAAGCCGCCAGGAGCUCAUCAGCCAGCUCUUACAGACGUACCUGACGGUGCUGCUGCCCGGCGAUGAGAGGUUCCACGGGGGCUGGGCCCUAAUUGACUGCGACCCCAGUUACACACGUGUGUGCCUCGAUGCAGUAAGCUGGACUCUCAGGAGAAAGGGUUCAAGAGGACGCACACCUUCGGCUGCACACUGCCCAGCUACAUUUGUGAAAUGCUCUAUGGAAGGCACAAACUCAGACAAUAAAACCAAAUCUUAAAGAUUAUUUGAAGAGCACUGAUAACUGAUAAUAAACGCCUCGAAAUUAGGGAAAGGGUGCUUUGUGAAGAGUUAUUAAAAACUCUUGCAAAGAUUCAUGAUCACCGGUUUUGUGAAAUUAGUGGUGGGACAAGACUUGAGUCCGCUGGGUCUUUAAGAAGCCUCCAGAGGCUUCCUCACACCAGAAGCCCUGGGGUCAGUUAUUUGCACCUUAUGCCUAUAAUUCUGGUCCUUAGAGGAUGGAGACAGAGGAUCAGAAGCCCAAGGUUAUCCUCAGCCUCAAAGGGAGUGGUUAGUCUCAGGUCUUGAAUUUUCCGCUUCCAAACACUUAAAGCAGCACGGUGGAGUCUGUUCCUAUUCGCCACCAGCAUGAUGUAAUGCUUCUCUGCUCCCGCCCUUUUCCAGUACUUAGCAGCUACAUGCCCUGCGUCUUAGUGUUCCAUUUUUGAGACAGGAUCUCACUAUGUAGUCCUGGCUGUCCUGGAAUUCUCUGUGUAGACCAAGCUGGCCUCUGACAGAUGGGUAGCCUCAUGCCUCUGCUUCCCAGAUGCUGGCAUUAAAGAGCUACCAUGCCAGGCUUAUUCCCUCCUUUGUAAUAGUGGUAAAAUUUGGCUUUCUGCUAAUAGGAAACCAGUGACUGCCUUCUGCACAUCUGGAGCACCUUAAAUUAAAGAAUACCUGAUUAAUAAUAACAUGCUGGAUAGUGAGGCUCUGAACAUCUUUUUGCGCUAUAUUUUGGUUCUAUAGAUAGAAUAGUCCCCACAAAGCAGAUCCCACUUUUUCUUCAUUGGAAAUUCAAAAUAUAGAUCAGAAUUGGUAGAUUUUUAUCAAGUGGUUCUCCCUCCCAAGAACCUCAUUUGCUUGUGUUCUAAGCUGCAAGCUUCAAGUCCAUCUGGUCUUAUUGCUGCCUGAUCUGUAGGUGCUAACCAGCUCGUGAUUUGUGUCUCUCGAUACAAAUGAAGCCCCAGGGUCCUUUGUGUGCCUUGCUUGCCUUCAGUAUCAGGCUGAGCUUCUGCUGAGUUGUUUCUGUUUUUUGAGAACAACCCAUAACCUAGCCCUUGGUGGCUUCUUAAAGAUCUCUACCAGGCUUUUAUUGUCUCACAUUGAUUUUCAUGAAACUGGUUGCCAGGCAUAAAUAGACUUCUUCCUUGUUAUCCCUCAGGGCAUCUUCAGGUGGAGGCCUCUGGUUAGGUCUCCUGGCUAGUUCCUAGUUCACUGUUGGAUGUACUUCUCUUCCUGAUAAUAAUGGUUUGUCUUCUAAUUCUUCCUUGGUGCUCAGCCUCCAAAAAUGAUUAUGGGAGUAUGCCUUUCCUGUUUCACUAGCCAAAGCUCCCACCACUGUUCUCUUCUUCCUGUAGGACAUUAGUGUAAGCAGGAGUGGUGCAUUUGUCAGCUCUUUAGUGCUCACUGGGGAGAUCCAUUGCUACCUGGGGCAAGAGGGAUGUCUGAAAGAAUAAUGUGCUGCUGCUCGAGAGGCGGCUGUGGAACAGGCUUAGAACUGCAGACUUUUGGAGCAGAUACAUGGUCUGCUCCUCAGCAACACCCACGGCUGCCAGGGCUGGCCACUCUCCACUCAGGUCCCAGGAGCCUGGUCCUCUAGAUUGACCGUGUUAGACAUUCAUCAGUUUUCAGCAUUUUUUUUUCCUGUUUCAUUGUUACAGUUGUCAGAAACUGCUUUCUUUGAGGCUUUGGGAUAGAAGGUCUGAUGGUGGAGAUGGUGGGCUGAUAUUUUGGAGCCAGUAGCUUCCUAGGUCACACUUUGGCUCUUGGCUUGGGUAGGUUGUGUGCUUGCUUUUCUUUUUUGAGAUAGGACCUCAUGUAUCCCGACUGGCCUCAAGCGCACUUUACAGUAGAGGUGGAAUUUCUGACCCUCCAGCCUUACAUUUCCCAGGUGCUGGGAUUACGGACAGACACAAUUGAACCCUGUUUAUUUGGCCUUAAGGGCUUCAUGAAUGUUAGUCAGGCAGUUGCUCUCCCCCUUGAGCUCUGCAUAGCUCAGACCUGUGUUGUUUUUGUUUUCUGUUUUUAUGGGAGGUGUUUAAUUGCCCAGUGGCUUGCCACAGUAAGAAUUUAGAAGCCUUCUCAGCAUGGUUCCCAGUGCUCUCUCCUGCCUGUUCUGGAGUGGCACUUUCUCAAAUAGAGGACCAUUAACACCUUCACAUCUUAUUUUGCUGAAUCAGUUUCCAUGGAAACGCCAAGCGAGGGUUCAUCUCCAUCGUGUUAAAGAAGCCUUUCUGUGUCUCUUAGUAAUUCUUCUCAUCUGUCUUGUCAUCCACCGAUGCUUCAGUUUCUUUCAAUGCGCCACUGGUAUUUUUCUUUCCUCUCUAAGGGUGAGAGAGAGAGAGAGAUUGAGAGAGAUUUACCCUUUCUCUCCAUGAGAAACAUGCUCUGGGCAUCUGUGUUUUCUGUAGAAUCUUUGUCCUCUGUUUGCUAACUGAAUGCAGAUCCAGAUGCAGAACUGCCGGGUCCCUGCUGGAGGACAAGGUAGCUCUGGCAGUGGCUACAUGGCACUGGGCUACUGGACUGUGCUUGGAGGCGUCGGCAAGUCAUCAUGUGUGUCUGCUUCAACUAUUCAUUCCUUGAUGGAUUUCUAAAAUAAUAAAAAAAAAAAAUUGAGGGGUGUGGUUUGAUACUGGGUUUCUAUGAGUAGCUCUGGCUGUCCUGGAACUGAUAGCCUUGUCUUUGCCUUCCAAGUCCUGGAAUUAAAGGCGUGUGCCACCACCAUCUUGCCUUCUAGAAUUUUAUUGUGUAUGUGUGUCAUUGUGUACAGUCGCAAGCCAUAGUGUGCAUAUAAUCAGGACAAGAGAGCCAGUUCCUCCAAUCAGACGGACCCAGGCGUUAAUCUUAGAUGUGUCGGGUUUAGUAGCUGGUGCCUUUACCCAGGUGCUCUCAGCAGCUGGCUUCCUCCCUUGAGACAAUGUUUCUUAUUGAACCUGAAGCUCUUAAUUCUGGCUAAACUGGCUGGCCACCUAGAGCCUUCUCCUGUUUCCCCCGCCCCCCACAGGAAGUGCUAGGGUCACAGACAUGUGGAUACUGCAGAUAUGAAUUCAACUCCUUUGUGCAAUAGGCAUUUUACCGAGCCAUCUCGCAGUCCUAAAAUGCUUUUGUUGAUAUGUAAUUUAUAAAGUACACAGCUCACCUAUUUGAAGUGUAUGGUUCAGCAGGCCUUCCUCACCCCCAAGACAGGGUUUCUCCCUGUUGCCCCAGACGUCCUGGAACCCAUUCUGUAGACCAGGCUGGCCUUGGCCUCACAGAGAUCCGACUGCUUUUGCUGGGGUUAAAGGUGUGUUGCCACCACUCCUGUCUCCCUUGCCUAUUUUAAAAACUGGAUUGUCUUUUAAAAAAUAUGCAUUUAGGCUAGAUGUGCUGAAAGACCAAAAGAUAAAUUAGCAGCUAUUAUUAAAACCUGAAGUAGGUACAUAAAGGAGUCUAGCAAUGCCCUGAGGGGUGAAGCCACCUCACUGCAUUCUUCCCCCACCCACUAGAGAUACAGUUGCCAGGAAACUGGCCCAUCCCCCUAGGGAGGGACACCAGGUCAUUAUGGUCUGGGGACCUUCCUAUAGCCAAUCAAUUCAAAAUGUAGCAUUUUGACCAAUAGAUGCUUGCCAGGCAGGAAUCGCCCCUGCCUUGGGCAUGCUGGGAUGAACCAGAAUCUCUAUAUCACCCAACUAACCUGGGCACAGUGCAUGCUCGGCUCCCACCGCUUCGGCGGUGGGGGGGUGUGGGCCCAAGCUGCAGCUUGUAAUUUACAAUAAAACGAACCUUAUGUAUUUACAGCGGAGUCUAGUUAUUCCUGGUCUUUUGGGGUUCGUGAACUGGGCAGAACAUUUUGGGGGCUCGUCCUGGGACCCUAAGACUCCAGGAACCUGACCCGCAGGUUUUUAUGCCGGCCGUAAGUGUCUAAAUGUUUCUGUGCAAUGUUUGUAUGUGUAGUACUUUCUGUUCUCUGUUCUGAAAAUUCCUCAGAGCUCAAGGUGUCUGUAUCUGGGUAGCAAGACGUGAUCAAGGUGGUCGCACUGGUGGUCACAGCUGCCGAAGUUCAGGGGGACGCCCCUAGCUUCAUCGGUAUUUUCAGUAUUUUGGUGGGUAAUCUAUAUUGCCUGGUCCCAGUGAGUGCCACUCGGUGUCUCCUGGGGCAACAGCCCACUCUCAGUGUCUUCCUGGGGCAUCAGGGUCCUUGCCUCGUGCACCCAAUGCAGGAGGAAUCAGUAUGUUCGGCCUGCCCCAGAAGAGUCAGUUUUGGUCCUGGGAAAUUUGGCCAGCUGGUGAGUGUUUUUUUGUCUCAGUGUCUCUGUGCAGUAUUUGUUUGUGUCUACCUUCUGUUUUUGUUCUGAAAGGCCUCAUGAAACUUGUUUAAAAUGUAUAUGUGUGCCUAUGUGUUUAUAAGGUCUGAACGCAUAUGUAUAGGUUGUGGUACAUGAAGUGCCUCAGUGCCUCACUGCCAUCUUGACUUUACCAUGUGGGUUAUAAUGUGACUGCCAUCUUGGUAUGGGUAAAAACAAAAAGGGAACCUUGUUCAAAUAAUUCUCAUUUCCUUCUAGGUUAAAAGGAUGACUUAUUUUAAAUUGAUAUUGGUUUUAGAAAUUACAUUGUUUGCACUGGUAAAUGCUGGUUUUAAAAUCUGGUUUUGACUUUUAAGAUUAUGGUUAUGCCUUGUGAAUUCUCUCCUACAAAAGGGGUACUUUAUUUUGAUAUUGCAAAAAUGGGUUUUAAAAAAUGUUUAAAUGUUUAAGGCUAUAAUAAAACGUUUAAAGUUCAUCAGGCAUUUGGGUAUGAGGAUGAUCUUGUGUAGUCUAACAGAAAAUUUGAAAGUUUCUUGAUACUUUGGGGGAGAGUAAAAAUAUUUUGGUAUUUAUUUUAUUAAUUUUACUAAGUAAAACUGAGCCAUGUGGUUUGGACUAAUUGAGAAAAUUACAGUUUUUAAAAUGUAUCUUGUGGAGAGCUGUUUGUUAAGCUGCUUUGUUUAUGGGAAAACAUGUUUUCACCUAGUUUCCUAAAACUUGUUCUAAGUUCCUUAGAGUUUGUUUAUGUUACCUUUAUGUUACCUGCUACAGGGAAGUUAUUUUAAAAAAGAAUUUGUCAGUUUCAGAACUUUUUGUAUUAAUGUAACUUGUUUUUGAAUUGCCUAUAAAAAGCAAAUCGUAGACGCUGGGCUCCAGCAGGAUCAUGUCAGAAUGGAAAGGAUUUUCAUGAGAGUUUUUAAGGUAUAUAGAAUGUUGCAAAAGGUUAGUGGAUGUAUUACAAAAAGCCAGAGAGUUAAUAUGAUUUGAGAAAGAACUGUAUUUAAAUAUGUUGUACUUCAUUUAAAAGGCUGAUGAUUCCUCAUUGCAAAUGUUUUUUAUGCUCUUUUAAGGAGAAAGAAUUCUGGCUGAUAGGUUUGGUAUGGCUAGAAUAAUUUGUACAGUUUAAGAUUGUUCUGUACUGUUCUGUUAUGCAGUUGGUUCUAAAACUUAUUUGAUCACUAUAUUAGAACUUUUGGUUGUGGGGGAUUGUGGAUGCGCCACAGUGUUUGCUGUAUCAUCAGAUCAUCAUCAGCACCUAAUGGCUAUGUUUGGUAUUGUCAGUCACAGCCUGUGCUAACACAUGGCUAGCCGCCAUGAUGGUUCAGGGAUAGAGAGCACGGGAAGCUGUAGUUUUGCUGCCAUAUUUGUUUAGGGCUUCCAGCUGAGUUCAGUUACACGUGGCCAGCCGCCAUGCUGGUCCGGAGAUAAAGAGGGUGGAGCCAUGAGUUUGCCAUCAUCCUUGUUUAGGUCUCUGAGUUACGUUCAGUCCUCUGAUUAGUGCUAAAUGCAAAGCUUUUUACUGGUCAAUUUUAAUUCAGGUGGUAGGAGCAGCAAGAUUUGCUAGCCUCUCUAUGAACUGUAUCUGACUAAGAGGUUUGCUUUGAUUUUAGUUCAGAAAGAGCAGAUUUAAAGUCAUGCUACAUACUGCAGUUGAGCCUUACCUAGUCUCUUUGUUCAGGUUUUUUUAAGGUUAAGCCUAGGAUGGGUAACUAUGAAGUUUGCUUAUUUGUCUUAAAUAUAUAGUUCUAGAACAUGCAUCUCAGAAAUAUGCUAGAAAUAGAUUGUAUAGCAUUCUGUUUUAUAGGACACAGUUUAGAGCAGAUGAUAAAGACAAAGAGUAACUCAGAUAUGCUGGCCCUCAAGCUUGUCAGAGAUCUGAUGAAUAUGGCAUUUUAACAUGUGUAAGCUUAUUGUGACAGAAAGUCCCGAAAUCCUGCUGGUAGCUUCCCAAGGUCUCCAAAAAGAUUUGGGCACAAUGACAGAUGACUGCAACUCUGGAUUGUGGUAUGCUAACCACUGGGCAAUACUGCCCCAACUGGCCCACUGCUAGGUCCCAGCCUAAAGUGUGGACAAAGCCGGGGACACCUGAAGAGCCAUUGUCUCACAUUGUGAGAGGCAAGGUGAGGUCAAUCUCUCCUGUUACUCUUUCCACAGAAGCAGUAGAAGUAGUCUCAUCUGAGCCUAGCUGGACCGCCUCUGCCCACGAUGUUAUGAGACCACAGGAGCCAGGGACACUGCCUAGGUGAUGGACUAACUAGUCAUCAUUGUCAUUUUGAUUGGCACAUAGAUUGGUAUAUUUAUUUAGCUUAUAAUUUAUCCUUCUCAGGUCUCUGAUCACUUUGACGGCUAGGCUAAGCUUAUGGUAGCUUUGCAGCUAAAGAGCAGACAAUUAGAUCCACUGUUAGCUCAUUAAUCAGUUCAUUGGCUAGCUAGAACUACAUGGUACUAGAUCUCUUAUUUAGAAAGGAAAACAGGUUUGCCUUGCUCACAGGAUUCAUGUCAGUGGCUUGUGUCUUAAUAUAUAUACUGGAUAAAAAUAUGAAGCUUAUAUAGGGUCUGAAGAUAUAGGAGUUUAGGUUGUAAAAAUCUAGAGAGUGUUACUUGGUUUGAAAAUGGUUUAGGGUUGAUAAAUGCAAAAAAGAUUAGAGAGUCCAAGUUGAUGUUUUAAGGUAUAUAAUUAUGAGUAUAAAGAUAUAAAAAAGGUUUUAAAGCAGAUUAAAAAUGGGAGAUAUUUUAGAUUUCUCCCCCCUCUUUGCUACUGUUGUGCUUAUGAGAUUUCAGAAGUUCAGAGUUUUGGCAUUAAUCAAUAGAGUUCUGAUAAGUUGAUGGAGCACUGACUGCUUAUUAUUCAGUCACCAGCUCGAGAUUUUAAUUUCCUUUGGUUGGCUUCUGGAGAUAGACUUAAAUUGCUUCUCGUUAUGUUAAAAACAUCUGUUUAAUGUGUAUAUCUGACCCAAAAGUCAUAGCUUUUAGUAUGGUAUUCUUAAUAUCUGCCAUUUUGGGGGUAGAUUUUGACACAGGAAUAUCUUAAAUCUAUUCCUUCUAGUUACUUUAUAAAGAAAAAUCCAAGCAUCCAGGGUUUAGCAUUAAAGCCAGUAAUGUAUUUCUGCAUAACUUCCCAGUGUGAACAUGAAGAUGGGGUCUAAAAGUAGAUGCUGAAUGUAUGAAAAAUGGCCAAGCUCCAUUCAUGGCUGAUUACCAACAGCUAUGCCCACAGAAAAAAUGUUACCGUGGAUACACUUAAGUUGUUUAUACAGGUUAUAAAACAAACAGCUAACUGAUACUCAUUCAGUGGGAUGCAGUUUUACCUGUUACUCUCAGAAUGGUAUGUUAGAUUUGCUAAAUAUAUAUUUCCUUUUGUGUACCAAAAAAAUUCAUAUGAGUUUCAGGAUGUGACCUGGAUCUGGCAUAGCUCAAAAGGAUCGCAGAUGAGAUUUUCCCUGAUCUUUCCCAUUUAUAGACAAAUUUUAACUUCUGUCUCCAGUCUCAGCAGAUUUUCACCUGUUUAACUCUGUUCUGGGAUUAGCUGUGGACUGCAAGCUGAGAUCUGGACUUCCUGGAAACUGACAUGAUUGCUCCCUACCUCUUUGGGUGGAUCAACUAAGCAGAUGCUUGGGACUGCCCUAUUGCCCA